GUUUAUUUUUGGGACUUGUGUGUUGGGCUUUUUUUUAUAAAUUAUCUCUGAGAUGUGAAACUUGUAUGCCGUGGUAAGGUUGGAAAGUCUAAAUAUGUACAUUCCUGAUGGCAUGUAAUGACGCAGUAUAUUACUUGAGAUUAAGGAUAGAAUUUAUUACAGAUGUGUGUAGUAAUAUAGUCUAUAUACCUACUAAAGAUUUUCAUUACGUUGCAUCUGACCGAAGUGAAAAUGUAUAUAGGUUUCAGCGAUUUAUUCCUGUUUGACAUGUUAUCGUUUUUUUCUACAAGAUACUUGUUUAAAGAACUGUCAAGGUAGAUGAACUGGUCUUAAUUUCUCUUCAGUUUUAUUAAUAGAAAGUGGAGAUACGACAAUCUGCAAUCGAGUUUUAAAAAAAACACAUGCCAGAGCGUUAUGUCAUUGUUACGAAUCGCAGAAAGCUUUUUUGUCAGCUUGCACGAACAUCUGUGCAAAUAUACGUUUACUUACCUAAGUAUUUGAUAAGUUUGAGGGAGCAAACCUGGUUAAAAUAUGCUAUCAUUUCUGCCAGAUAACUCAGGAGGGAUCAGUUAAGUUGCGUAUGCAUUAUUGAAAUAAGUGAAAAUCUCAAUUACGCCAGAAUGACGUCCGGCGUUUAUCGAAAAAUUUUAAAUUAUCUGAAAGUGAGAUCUUGGCUUUCUAAGCAUAAAGGUAAAUAUACCUGCAAACAUUACAAAUACAUAACAAUGGAACACUCAGAGUUAGUAGCGGAAAUGGUACAUGUUGAAAGACUGACCACGCAAGAACGACUGCACCUGGCGCGUCAUCGUAGACUUCAACAAUUAAAAGUAUGGAGGCAACGUGAGAAAGAAUGGUUACGGCAUCAAACUAGGCAUACAAGUAAUAAACGUCAUAUAUACUUUAGUGACAGUGUUAUGUUAUUAGAAGCUGCUGCGAGAAACGAUAUUGAUGAAGUAAGAAGGCUCUUGAAAAAGGGAGUAAAUCCUGAUUCGACGAACGAAGAUGGUUUGACAGCAUUACAUCAGUGUUGCAUAGAUGAUAAUGAAGAAAUGAUGAAACUACUUAUUGAAUUUGGUGCUAACGUGAACGCGGAAGAUAGUGAGAAAUGGACACCAUUACACGCUGCUGCUACGUGUGGCCACUUACAUUUAGUCAAAUAUCUUAUUGCCAGAGGUGCAAAUUUGUUAGCUGUUAAUGCCGAUGGUAAUAUGCCGUACGACAUUUGUGAAGACGAAAAAACGUUGGAUUGUAUCGAAGGGGAGAUGGCAAGACGAGGAGUUACUCAAGAAUUAAUAGAUGAAACAAGAGCUUCAACCGAGGUUCAAAUGUUACGCGAUUUACAAAAGAUUGCUUCUUUAGGAGGUGACCUUGAAUACAAGGAUCAUCAAGGUGCUACACCUCUUCAUAUAGCAGCCGCAAAUGGAUACUUAAGAGUCGUGGAAUUUCUUCUGGACCAACAUGUUUCAACAGAUGUAGAAGAUAAUGACAAGUGGCAACCAGUUCAUGCAGCUGCAUGUUGGGGACAUUUGGAAGUACUUGAAUUAUUGGUGCAAAAUGGAGCAGAUCUAAAUGCAAAAAAUAAACAUGAUGAAACUCCCGCGGAUAUUUGCGAAGAUCCAGAAAUUAGGGAGAGGAUAGUGGAAUUGAAAACAGAACAGGAAAGUAAACGACUUCGGGAAGCGCAAGGACGUAGAGUACGCAGAUCGCAAAGCAUAAACACACGGACACAAAGUGUACGUCGAACAUCUAUUCGAGAUAAAGUUCUCACUACGAAAAAGGAUGCCCAAGAAGAAACUCGCUUGAGAUUACAAGCGCAACAGACAUAUGUUAGCGCUCCUACACCUAGUAUUCCGCCAUUGGAAAACAGUACACAGGAAGUAGGGGACCAUGAGACUGAUUCCGGCGCGCUGACUUCAGCGGUGCGGAAAGGUCCGGAAGGAAAAGAUAACGAGUCUUUUCUUCACGAAGAUGUUGAUAAAGAUUCAGCAGUGACAGGGCCUGACCCGUCAGUCGGCAGCCAGCAGCAAUCGCCGAUUUAUUCUACGGAAGCCGACACCAAUGGCAAGAUCAACAUACACGUGUCGGUUGUUUUCGUGAAAUCCUUGUCGGAUUUGAAGAAGAAACGGGCACAGAAUCGGCACAUAUCCACUGGCUCCUUAGACGCGAAUGGGAACGGCAUCCCGAUGCCGGUCUCGUCCAUCUCCAAUUCCGAUCUCAGCACCGACGAUUUCACGCAGCGCUUCACUGGGAACACCAGUGAAAUCGUGAGCGAUAAUCAUUCGGAGAAGAGCUGCUGCACCGUCAUGUAACGCGCUAACUUAUGUACUUGCGUAACAAUCUCGCCUCUUUCGACCUUGUCCGCUGUUGCGUACAGUUGGAACCCAUUGGAAUCCUUGCGUUUCGCACGUGAACGAAAAUGUUAUAUAUAUCUCUCUCAGUAUUCUUUCAAGACUCAACGCUGCGUUCUUACACAUUUGCAAUUUUUCGAGUCGUUUAAUAUUUAUGAGCGAUAUUUUUUUAUUAUAUAUACAUAAAUUUUCUUAACGCAUAGCGACACGCAUUGUGUACAUCAAAUAAUACCCGCGGGGACUCGUAUCGACAGCUUUAAAAUCAAAACGAUUGUCGCGUUUUGAUGUCGCGCAGACGGCAUGUACUUAAAUCGUAACGAAACGUUUUCUCUGCGAUUGUUACGUGCAUCGUAGAGCGCUUGAACCAAGAUUGGUACCAAGAACACCUUGUUACGAUGAUUACUUAGAACGUGUACUUACACAUUUGUAGAAAAUAUAAUUGCAUUUUCAGAUUGUUUACAAUUAUCCAGCGCCUAAAAGCGUUCAAGUAUUGUACAGAUUAUUAUUUUAUUUAUUGUUAUAUAGCAAAAGGAAAUGUAUAGAGACAACUAGUGGAGUAAGAGAUAUGUGUUGCAAUUCGUAGAUAUUGUCUAGAUUCGAGAUUUUCUAGUAUCUCCGCAGACAGGUAUAAGACUAUCCAAAUAUCUUCCAAUGUUUUUUAUGAGACUCUAGCUGUAAGGAGAUUGAGUGAAAACUGUUUUUUAUAUCGAUUUAAAGAUUAUUUGUAAAUUUUGAUAUGUGGUAUUUAUCUAUCUAUGUAUUAUAGACUUCACUUGAAUUCCUCGUUCCGCAUUUAGCAAGUCAUACAUCGCUGAUUUACGAUUUUAUAUUUGUGUUACGCCUCUAACAACGUGUGAGGCGUUCGAAUUUAAUUCGAUACUCGUGCCGGAAAUGUCCAAGAUAUACAAUUUUACUUCUUUCUUUUUUUUUUUGUUUUGUAACGUUUAUGUAUCCUCUCCGUGUAACGAGGGAGAGUUCCAGUAAAUCAAAAUGAAAUGCCAGAUAAUAAGAAACUCUAUUCGAAAUCACGCGUAUGUGCAGGAUGUAUGUAAAAAUAAAUAAUCUAUCCUGCCGAACGGUCAUAUUUUUUGUACACUUUCUCUCAAACUAACAUCCAAAUUAGAAAUACGAAAAGAGAUCUUUGAAGGAAGUAAAUAGUACAAAUAAACGCUCAUACAUUCCUCCGCGAUGCACAAUAAGCGUUGCCAAACUCUAUACGGCCUCCGACCGGUCGUAUGACUCCUUCCGCGCGUCUUGCAAUUGCGUUAAUUAUAAAAUUUCUUAUAACGUCGCCGAUUAUUCCAAUUAAAAAGUACGUAGCGCACGUGCGAUUGUUCACGUAUAAUUUGAUUGCGAAUGUCUAUGGCGAAAGUUGAUUUCAAUGGCUGUAUUUCAAAUGAAUUUAUGUGACGUCUACCACCUGUUUAUAUUAUAUUGUAAUAUAGUAAUAUUAUAUAAAAAUAAAAUUACUGUAUAUG